UAAAAAUGAAAGUGAAUAGCUCAAAGACAAAGUACUAUAUAUAGUAGCAGAAAAACUCAAAAGUUCAUCAAAUUCAUUAUCCAAGUAACACAUCAGUUCUUGUAUUAAUUUGCAGCUAUGGGAUUCUUGAAAAUCCUUCUAUUUUGCAUUUUUUGCUCUUUCCCAUUGCCUAGUUUCCAGAGUGAUUUAGAAACUUAUAUAGUCCAAGUUGAAGCACCAGAAAGCCAAAUUUCUACUCAAUCAUCAUCAAUGGAUUUAGAGAGCUAUUACCAUUCUUUUUUGCCUAAAACCACAUCAAUUAGCUCAAGGGAAAAUGAAGAGCCGAGAAUGGUCUAUUCCUAUCACAAUGUGAUGAAAGGCUUUGCAGCUAGAUUAACUACAACACAAGUGAAGGAAAUGGAGAAGAAACAAGGCUUUGUUUCUGCAGAGCCACAGAGGAUAUUGUCCUUGCACACUACUCAUACUCCAAGUUUUCUUGGUUUGCAACAGAACAUGGGCUUGUGGAAGGAUUCCAACUAUGGGAAAGGCGUGAUCAUCGGAGUUUUGGACACUGGAAUUAUUCCUGACCAUCCUUCAUUUAGCGACGUUGGGAUGCCUCCUCCGCCUGCUAAAUGGAAAGGAUUUUGUGAGUCUAAUUUCACGACCAAGUGUAACAACAAACUCAUUGGAGCCAGGUCUUUCCCACUUACCAAUGGUUCUCCCAUAGAUGAAAAUGGACAUGGUACGCAUACAGCAGGCACAGCUGCAGGAGCCUUUGUGAAAGGUGCUAAUGUAUUUGGGAAUGCCAAUGGAACUGCAGUUGGUGUUGCCCCUCUUGCCCACAUAGCCAUAUAUAAGGUAUGCGAUUCUGAUGGCAGUUGUUCUGAUGUUGAAAUUUUAGCUGCGAUGGAUGCAGCUAUUGAUGAUGGGGUAGAUAUUCUAUCAAUAUCCCUUGGUGGAACUAGUAAUCCGUUCCAUAAUGACAAGAUUGCUCUUGGGGCGUAUAGUGCAACAGAAAGAGGUAUUCUUGUUAGUUGUUCUGCAGGCAAUAGUGGUCCAUCCCAACGCACUGUAGCAAAUGACGCCCCUUGGAUUCUCACAGUUGGCGCUAGCACUCAUGAUAGAAAACUAAAGGCCACUGUUAAGCUUGGAAAUAAAGAAGAAUUUGAAGGAGAAUCUGCUUAUCAUCCAAAGACAUCAAACUCAACAUUCUUCACUCUAUUUGAUGUUGAAAAGAUAGUACAUGAGCAAUUUGACGCCCCUUUCUGUGUACCAGGAUCACUCACUGACCCUGCUAUAAGAGGAAAGAUAGUCGUGUGCCUGGUUGGUGGUGGCGUUCGCAGGGUUGAUAAAGGACAAGUUGUAAAGGAUGCUGGAGGUGUUGGCAUGAUUCUCAUCAAUAAUCCGGAAGAUGGUGUCACUAAAUCAGCUGAAGCUCAUGUUCUUCCAGCAUUGGAUGUUUCAGAUGUAGAUGGAAAGAAAAUUCUUGCUUACAUAAACUCAACGUCGAAUCCUGUUGCUGCAAUCACCUUCCAUGGAACUGUAAUUGGAGAUAAAAAUGCUCCUAUAGUUGCUUCAUUUUCUUCUCGAGGACCAAGCGAAGCA